AUGCGAGGCGUACUGACGAAUCUUCUACUCGUUUACGCAGCCCUCUGCGCAGCGGACCAAGCCGGUCUGAAUUCAACAUGCCGCGACCGAGCCAAGCUCACGUUAGACCACGUUCUCCCCUCCACUGACCAUAAGUCCGGUCGCGUGCGAUGCUGCCCUGAAGGGACUGAAUAUGACGGGCAGACCUGCGUCUUUGCAGUCCCCUUGUGCCCUGAUGGUACCGCCCGCGAGGGCAACAGAUGCGUUUCUCGCAAACCACCUAUUUGCGACGACGGAUAUGAGUUCAAGGACGGAGCCUGCGUUACCAUUCGGCCCCGAGCUGUGCUCCUGGUACCUCCCUCAGGGGUAGCUCCUGCAUCACUGAAGGCGAUGCCAAGUGUGGAGACGGCUAUGGGCGAACAUUUCAACGGCUGGGCCUGCGCUAGUGAUAGCCCGCCGAAGUGCCCUGGCGGUUCUCAACUUGAAGACGGCAAAUGCGUUGACACGGAACCUCCACGAUGUCUGCCAGGGACCACCUACAAUGAGAUAAAUAGCCACUGUGUUUCUACGCUUCCCCCUAGUUGUCGCCCAGGCAGUACUCUCCAGAAUGGGCAGUGCAUCUCUCCAAAGGGCCCAUACUGUGAGAGCGGCUCCCUUAACUACAAGACACGAACAUGUGAUGUCCCUGUUCAGCCGGCAGAAUGUCCUGAUGGUGCCCGAAUCUCUGGAACAAAGUGUGUUCUGGACCAGACCCCUCAAUGCGAAGUCAGAGACACUGUGAUAUCGACCAAUCCAGGUGAUGGAACAGUCCGAUGCUGCCCGAGGGGCUUCGAUUGGGAUGGUGAAAUCUGUAUCUUGCAGCCAGUUGAUGAUAAGUGCCCAGACGGAACGCCCGCCAUACACGGCCGCUGUACGAAACAUACACAUCCUCCCCCUGUGUGUCCUUCAGGGUAUAAGCUGGAACGCAACCAGUGUGUGCUACAGACAGUGCCACGGUGUCCUGAGGAAACCAUUGUUGAAGAUGGAAAAUGCGUGACGAAACAGGUCCUACAGUGCCCCCAGGACUCUAUCCUGCUCGAGGACUUGUGUGUAUUCCCUGAACCCCCCAAAUGUCCUGAAAAUACACGGCUUCAAGGGAAUGAAUGCAUUGGCUACGGCACUCCAUCCUGCGGUGAACGUGCCCAAUGGGAUGGCACACACUGCGUAGUUACCGGAGUCAUUAUUUGCAAUGAAGGGGUGCACAAGGAUGAUGAUUGCAUUACUACAACGCAGCCCACCUGCCACAGAGGCACGGUAUUCGAUGGCACACGAUGCGUCUCUCCCAAGGCGCCGAGGUGCCCAGCCGGCGCUGUUCCCAACAAGGAAGGACAGUGUAUUGUACCGCAACCUCCAGUUUGUCCUGAUGGCACCAGUCUCCAAAAUGGCAGAUGCGUCAGUGGCAGUGUUCGGUGUCCUGGUACCCAGAAACUGGUCGAUGGCCGAUGCGAAUCCACCGAGCCGCCAAAGUGUCCUGACCAGUUCAUGUUCAAGGGAGGUAAAUGUGUCCGAAAAGGAAAGGAGCAUUGUCCAGACGGAUAUACACCCAAGAACGGUGACUGUAUAUCUGGAACUCCGCCGAUAUGCGACGCAGACACAAUCUUCAACGGGAAGGCCUGCACCAGUGGACCACCAACUUGUAUAAGAGGUACAUAUCUCGAUGGAGAGCGUUGCAUCUCGAACACAGAACCGCAAUGUGAUACUGGCUUCAAGUUAGAGGGACAUCAUUGUGUUGCCUAUGAAUCUCCCAAGUGCCCUGGGGGAAGCACGUUUGACAAAUCUAGUCAAUAUUGUGUGUCACAGCAGGAGCCCAGUUGUAAACAUGGCGAGGUUUACAACGGGGAGCACUGUGCCUUAGCGGGCAGUGAGUGCAUCGACUUCCAGUUCUGCUCAACAGAGGGAUCUGGAACCCAGCGAAGGAAAGAAGAUACAGGAUGGGCCCCUGGUGGCUCUAAGUCAGAUGGCUCUAAGCAGCAGGACACCAGCGGUGGAUGGACUUCUGGUGGCUGGAAGCCUGAUGGCUCCAAGCCUGAUGGCUCUAAGCAGCAGGACACCAGCAGUGGAUGGACUUCUGGUGGCUGGAAGCCUGAUGGGUCCAAGCCAGAUGGGUCUAAGCAGCAGGACACCAGCAGUGGAUGGACUUCUGGUGGCUGGAAGCCUGAUGGGUCCAAGCCAGAUGGGUCUAAGCAGCAGGACACCAGCGGUGGAUGGACUUCUGGUGGCUGGAAGCCUGAUGGCUCCAAGCCUGAUGGCUCUAAGCAGCAGGACACCAGCGGUGGAUGGACUUCUGGUGGCUGGAAGCCUGAUGGCUCCAAGCCUGAUGGCUCUAAGCAGCAGGACACCAGCAGUGGAUGGACUUCUGGUGGCUGGAAGCCAGAUGGCUCUAAGCAGCCAGAUGGCUCUAAGCAGCCAGAUGGGUCUAAGCCAGAUGGCUCUAAGCAGCUAGAUGGGUCCAAGCAGCAGGACACCAGCGGUGGAUGGACUUCUGGUGGCUGGAAGCCAGAUGGCUCUAAGCAGCCAGAUGGGUCCAAGCAGCAGGACACCAGCGGUGGAUGGACUUCUGGUGGCUGGAAGCCAGGUGGCUCUAAGCAGCCAGAUGGGUCCAAGCAGCAGGACACCAGCGGUGGAUGGACUUCUGGUAGCUGGAAGCCAGAUGGCUCUAAGCAGCCAGAUGGGUCUAAGCCAGAUGGGUCCAAGCAGCAGGACACCAGCGGUGGAUGGACUUCUGGUGGCUGGAAGCCAGAUGGCUCUAAGCAGCCAGAUGGGUCCAAGCAGCAGGACACCAGCGGUGGAUGGACUUCUGGUGGCUGGAAGCCAGAUGGCUCUAAGCAGCCAGAUGGGUCCAAGCAGCAGGACACCAGCGGUGGAUGGACUUCUGGUGGCUGGAAGCCAGGUGGCUCUAAGCAGCCAGAUGGGUCCAAGCAGCAGGACACCAGCGGUGGAUGGACUUCUGGUAGCUGGAAGCCAGAUGGCUCUAAGCAGCCAGAUGGGUCUAAGCCAGAUGGGUCUAAGCAGCAGGACACCAGCGGUGGAUGGACUUCUGGUGGCUGGAAGCCUGAUGGCUCCAAGCCUGAUGGCUCUAAGCAGCAGGACACCAGCAGUGGAUGGACUUCUGGUGGCUGGAAGCCAGAUGGCUCUAAGCAGCCAGAUGGGUCCAAGCCAGAUGGGUCCAAGCAGCAGGACACCAGUGGUGGAUGGACUUCUGGUGGCUGGAAAGAAAAUACGCCUAAACAACAAUGGAACCCUAAAGGCUGGCAGUCGGGCCAGGAAGAUGGUCAGCAAUGGUCCUCCCAAGGGUGGCAGAAAUCGCAGUAA